CUGGCCAGCUUCCUUAACUUGUUGCUUUUCACCCGUGGAGGCAGUUGGUUCGUUCUGGCUGUGUCAGUGGAGAUCCCAAGGCUUCUUUGAGGAUGGAGGAAGCCCGUGGGCAGUGGGCCAUGUUAAUGGACCCAGCCAUGACUCUGAAUAAUGUCACCAUGCGCCAUGGCAGUGUGGGCAUGCAGCCGCAGCAGCAGCGCUGGAGCAUCCCGGCCGACGGCAGGCACCUGAUGGUGCAGAAAGAGCCCCAUCAUUACAGCCCGCACAGCCAUCACUCUGCAGCCCCCGAGGAUCACUGCCGCCGGAGCUGGUCCUCUGACUCCACGGACUCGGUCAUCUCCUCCGAGUCGGGGAACACCUACUACCGGGUCGUGCUCAUAGGGGAGCAGGGAGUGGGCAAAUCCACUCUCGCCAACAUCUUUGCGGGAGUGCAUGACAGCAUGGACAGCGACUGCGAGGUGCUCGGAGAAGAUACUUAUGAGCGGACACUGAUUGUUGAUGGGGAAAGUGCCACGAUUAUACUCCUGGACAUGUGGGAAAAUAAGGGGGAGAAUGAAUGGCUCCAAGACCACUGCAUGCAAGUCGGGGAUGCCUACUUGAUUGUCUACUCUAUCACAGACCGUGCCAGCUUCGAGAAGGCAUCUGAGCUGCGAAUUCAGCUCCGCAGAGCCCGACAGACAGAGGACAUUCCUAUAAUUUUGGUCGGCAACAAAAGUGACCUGGUGCGAUGCCGGGAAGUGUCUGUAUCAGAAGGGAGAGCGUGUGCUGUUGUGUUCGACUGCAAGUUCAUUGAGACCUCCGCGGCUGUCCAGCACAAUGUGAAGGAGCUGUUUGAGGGCAUCGUGCGACAGGUCCGCCUCCGGAGAGACAGCAAAGAGAAGAAUGAGCGUCGGCUGGCUUACCAGAAAAGAAGAGAGAGCAUUCCCAGGAAAGCCAGGCGCUUCUGGGGCAAGAUUGUUGCCAAAAACAACAAGAAUAUGGCCUUCAAGCUCAAAUCCAAAUCCUGCCAUGACCUGUCUGUGCUCUAGGCACACAGGCACUAGAUGUCCUCCUGAGGGACAUUGUCGAAGGCCGUCGGGACCAGUAAUCUAUAUUAGAUUGGACCCUUACAUAUUGUUAGAUGUGGCUCCCCCUAGUGCAGUUUCUGGAUAUGAACGUGUCAGCCUCACGGACACCAUAAUGCAUGGGAAAUGAAAGAUCUUUGUAAAGUGUCAAUAUUUAUUUACAAGGAAAAGCCUAACUUUGCUUCUUGAACACCCAAGACUCAUCAGAGGAUGCGUUAGGUGUUCACAUGUGUUUCCUCUCUCCUUUGGAUAAUAGAGAAUUGAAGCCUACAAAAGAAUGCCUAGAACAAGAACUUUUCAUUAUUGCCAAUUUUGAACAGUGUUCUGAUACUCAGCUUGAGGUUAGUGGGUCAUAAGCAAAUGUAGGAAAGCUGUGAAAGGGUUUAUACAAAGGAGGGAGAAUUUCUUUCUCUGUACCGUAAAUUCAUGGAGCGACGAUUAUAGAACUGGGCUCAUCCUGAGUGUCAUUGCUCCCAAGCUGUGAAAGAGGUGUUGGACCUUGCUGGAAACUAAAGCUUAGAAAACAACUUUUGUUCAGAGUCCACAGUUGGGGAUCCAGCAAUUUGCAGAAUUGGGAACUGAUACACCUACCACUUGUGGGUUCAAAAUUGUAUCUUCUCUGUCUUACAAUUUUUUAUUUGGGGUAAAUUCUUUUAAUCAGAUUCUACUUAGGCAAGCCACCUUUUAUGUUUCAUUAUUUUUAAAACCAUAGAGUCACCAUAAAAAUAUUUUUUAAAUCAGAAUGAUAACCUGGAGUGUAAGAUGCCAAAAUUUUGAAUAUAAUCAACUGAAUUUUUAUAUUACACAAACAUGAAUAUUUCCAGUGCUUUGGGUUGACCCUUGAAUGUCACAGCUCUGCUCUAUUUAUUAUUAUUUUGCAAAAUAACCAUUUUAACAUUUGAUAAAGCAU